CCCAAUUUAGCGCUUUGAAUUGUGGGUAAGACAUGUCUGCGCCCUGUCGCCAUCCUGAGGACUACCUUACCUAAAUGUGAUAACGAAAUUGUGCAAAUCCUAAGCAAGGACCUCGAUCUACAGCACAGUGGACAUUAUCGCUUUCGUUUAAACAUUAAUUCUGAAGAUGUCGGAAAAUAUCCAGAAGGGCAGCGUCUCUGGAAAUGGCCUAUCAAAAGCCGUGAUUGCUGACAUGCUGUCGAAGAAUUUCGAUAAAUUGCCUGACAUUGAUCAAAAACUCUUCGUCUACGGACCCCUUUAUCUGGGGGGAAACGGUGGCCUUGCAGGACUGAUAUCCAACAGCUUGUACCGCAGAGCUCUGAAUGUCACACAGGCCCGCAUCACCUCCAGCCUGCCGAUGGCCGUGCUGCCCUUCCUCACAACAUAUGCACUUUACACCGCAACAGUGUCCAGCCCCCUCAUGUCCGGUGACCUCAACUGUCCUACCUGUGUUAUAGUGCGAGGUGCACUUGUUGGUGUGGUCGGUGCUGGGUUGUACCCCAUCCUCCUGGCUUUACCUGUGAAUAUUGGGCUUGCUGUCAGGUACAGCACAUCACCGAUGCCAGAGAAGGGCAAUCCGCUCCAGCACUGGGUGGAUCUCUCCAGACCGGUCCUGAGGAAAAUGAGAGCUGUACUGUUGCUUCAGGUUGUCUUUGGCGCCUACAUGAGCUCCAGGCACUUUGAUACGUACACCAAACUGGCUCAGAUAACAUUUGCCCCAAGUGAAGAGGAACUCAAGGACUAAAAUGUACUCAACCUCAAAAUAAAAACGUGUUUUCAUUUAUUCGCAGCGACUCUUCGUGGGUUAUAUGCUUAUCAAAUUCACCAUCUCAUGUGGAAUAUGCCUGAGAUUAUUUCACCCCCACAAAUAAAAUCAAGUGUGGGCUACCUUUCUAAGAUUGCUGGUAUGUCAAAAUCUACAUUCAAUUAAUUGAAUAAUUCACAGUUUUGUUGGCACAUGGUUAAAAAAAGAAUACAUUUCUUGUGUUAAACUGUUAUCAACAUGUGGCAUCAUCCUAAUCGAUAUAUGUUCUUUAAAAUUAGAGCUGUCAAAAACAGUCAUCCUUUCAAAAACGAUCCUCAACAAUUUUGAUAAUCUAUUAAUUGUUAAAGUCCUUGACAAACAUUAGCUAGUUUCAGCUUGAUUUUUUUUGUUAAUAAGUUUUAAUUCAAUAUCUUUUGAUUUUGGACUGUUGGUGGAACAAAAACAAGCAAAAUGUGCUCUGGCAGAUUGUAAUGUGCAGUUUCCACUUUUUUUGUGAGUUAACAGCAGCCCUUUAAAGAUGAUGUUUAAAAUGGGGCUUUAAUUGACUGUUGAUUGCCGAAUGAAUUGAUCUGUGAUGAGCUUUAAGUCAAGCAUGGAUCGCAAAUGAAAUCACCGGGAUAUUGUGGUUCCUAAUCAAACAUUUUGAAAAUGUCUACACGUAAAAGUGGUUGUACAUCAAUAAAAUGUCAGGGCUCAUUCAUUAUUUUUAAAAUCCUGGUUGAGUGAAUACAAUGCGAUGCUUUGUUUCAAUGUGUUGUUCAAGGCACAAAGUUUGACAGGGCAGAAAAAUCAAUCAAACCAAGCAUUGUCAUAAACAAAACAACUGAAGGCAAUCAACUAAGCAUGGUUUACUUUUAUUAAAGGCUUUGUAGGAACCAGUCAAAAAUGAUGAAGUGAUGUUGGAGCCACACUUAUGUCUGCUUGGCCUCGGCCUCAAUAACCAUGAAGGUCACUGAAUGCGCUCCACUCAAUGCAUGUGUGAAAGCAAACACUUCAAGAUGGACAUGGCAGUGCGAUGAUACCAUUAAAAAAAGCUGAUGUCA